AAAGGAUAAUACCUACUUUUUUUCAUUCAUCUGAGAAAUGGCGACGACCGUUGUGCUCCCAAGUGCUCCAAGGGCUUGGAUUGAUAGCAGAGAGACCCAAUUUGCAGAGCACAAAGUGGGCUCUGUAAAUUGUGCUUGGCAAUGGCACCGCUGCCUCAGUUAUAGGCUUUCGUUUUCUACUACACACAAAAAGAGGAGCUUUUUACCACUGGCGACUUCUUCUUCUUCGUCAUCUUCGUUUUCUCCCAAGACCAAGCUCUACGUCAGUGGGCUUUCGUUUCGUACCACUGAAGAAAGUUUGCGAAAUGCUUUCCAAAAUUUUGGACAUCUUGUAGAAGUCAAUCUGGUGAUGGACAGGAUAGCAAAUAGGCCGAGAGGAUUUGCUUUCCUCCGCUAUGAAACCGAGGAGGAAUCUCAAAAGGCUAUCGAGGGAAUGCAUGGAAAGUUUUUGGAUGGCAGAGUAAUAUUUGUUGAAGAAGCAAAGCCCAGAUCAGAGCUACGACAAACCCUCAAACAAAACCCAAGACAGUAUUAAGGUUGUAGUGUAGAGUGUCCACUUCUGGCCAAGUUCUUCUUGUAUACCAAUUGAUAUGCUACCAUAAAUGGUAUACUUGGAAUUUGCAGUUCAAUAAGAGAAAAGCGUGUUAGAUUAUUCUUCUUGAGUGCUGAUACCAUGGUAUAAUUCGGUAUUGCAGUUCUCUUUAUCUUGAAAGAAUGUCUAAGGUUGUACUCUACAA